AUGCACCUCACGGUUUACCCCACAUUCGAAUUUUUCUUUCCAAUGUUUUCACUUCGUGGUUUAUUGAACUUACUUUCGCUUCCCAUAAGGCUCUUGUGGGUCACUAUUCAAUACUUUAAUGGUUCAGUUCCAUUCAGAAAGUAUAAAAAUGAUUUGAUCUCGUGCUACAAGAUGACAUUUUUCAUUGCCUUUUUGACAAUGAAUUUCGGUGACUACAAAUAUAUUCCUGCUCUCAGCAACGCCUAUAUUAUCAACAAAAUUCUUCCAGGACGAUUCAAAAUUAGAAAGGAGACACUUCCUGGUUAUGGUGCUCGUUACGAUGCCAAUUCCAUCUGGCUCGUCAAGCAACCUCACCGGAAGCCAACAGACCCAAUUAUGAUUUAUAUCCACGGUGGUGCAUAUUUAUUGCAGACUGUUCCAACUCAACCUGCUUCCAUUGUGGCGGUUUACAAACUUCUUGACAAAGACGUUCAAUCGAAACUUUCAAUUCUAUUUCUCGACUACAAGUUGACUUCCAAAGGGUUCAAGAUUCCCCACCAAAUGGGUCAAUUGCACGAAACCUACACCAAAUUAGUCCUGGAAGGGAACAAGAAUUUGUUUCUUUGUGGAGAUUCUGCUGGUGGAAACUUGGCUGUUGGUUACACUCAGUAUUUGGAUAAGGUUGCAAGUCGCCAUAUUCUUCGUCCCAAAUCAUUGAUUCUUAUCAGUCCUUGGUUGGACAUGAGUCCUGGUGACGAGAACUGGAAACCUUCUCGAUCCUAUUACCAGAACUACAAGUAUGAUAUGAUCAAGUUUCACUCGUUUAAAGGCGACAAAUUCAAAGAUUCUUUUGCAUGUGAAAAAAAUGAUAUUCUUUAUUGCCCAGGAAAAGAUCCCAUUAAGAAAGAAGAUUGGGACAUUGAGUGUUAUACCGACUCCGACCAUAGUGUUUUCUUGAUUUGUGGAGAAGACGAGAGUUUUAGAGACGAAGAUUUGAAAUGGGCAGAAAAGGUGUUGGACGUACCGUCAUAUUCCUCUGUGAAAUAUGGUUAUUCUACUGGCAAUUUUGAUCCAGAAAUUCACCACUUUCAUCGAAUUAGUGACGUGAACCACUGUCUUGCUGAGGUUUAUGUCGAGCCCUGGGGAAUUCACGAAGCCAGUGUGCUUAUGGAAACCGAGAUUUUGUUCACUAUCAAUUCAAUUGAAUCAGAAGGUGGAAAAUUGAGCUUUCGUGAUGUGAGCGAUAAGCAUUUUGGAAUCGUACGUAUUGCAAAGUUCUUGAACGAUAUAAUUGAAUAG